UCAAUAUAAGCGCUGGUUGCUUGGCUCUUUCAAAACACUUUAUUGUGUCGGUCCGCGUAAGGUUAUCGUCGCCUCAUCCGCCGUUAUGAUCAUACUGACAGUCUACCGUGUGGGAAGCCGGUGCAGGGAAGACCUUCUUAUCAUCAGUCAUUGUUGAUUCUUUGCAGCGAACGUUCACGUCACCGGACGUCGCAACGGUCUGCGUAUACUGUCAGGAUGGGAAAGAAAGAGAGAAGACAUCUAUGGACAUCUUGAAGGAUAUCCUCGCCCAGCUGGUCUAUCGGAAGCGAAGCCUAUCAUAUGCAACGUCGUCCUUGUACUCCGCCGAGGCCCUGAUGAAGGGGCGAGCUUCGCCCAAAGCAUACCAGAAUGCGAUCCGUGCAGAAGUCAACCGUUUCUCCAAGGUCUUUCUUGUCAUCGACGGCCUGGACAUGUUUUCCGACAAAGAACGCAUUCUCACCCGACUGCAAAAGCUCCCGGAACACGCACAGCUACUGGUGACUCUACGCGAGGUAGCGCAGGUGGGGAAUGCAUCGUACGUCAGCGUCGUGGCCUCUCCAGAGGACCUGCAGAUGUACGCCAUUUCUAGGACGCAGGCAGACCCUGGCCUGGAAUCGUUGUUUAAAAGCGAGCCCGACCAUCAAUUGCACCAAGAGGUGGUGCGCGCCGUUAUGGAAACAAGCCGUGGUGUGUAAGUUCUAGUGCCUAAUCCAAAUCUACCAUAUGCGGAAGAAAACAAGCUCACGGAGGAGGUACGUUUCCUGCGCAGAUUCCUCCUGGCAAAAAUACA